AUGAAAAGGCAAAAUCAAAGCUCUGUGGUUGAGUUUAUCCUCUUGGGCUUUUCUAACUUUCCUGAACUCCAAGGGCAGCUCUUUGGGAUUUUCUUGAUUAUUUAUCUGCUGACACUGAUGAAUGCUGUCGUCAUAGUCAUCAUCUCCCUGGAACAGAGCCUGCAUGUUCCCAUGUACCUGUUCCUCCAGAACUUGUCUGUGGUGGAUGUUAGUAUCAGUGCAGUCAUUAUGCCUGAAAUGCUGGUGGUCCUCUCCAAUGAAAAAACGUCAAUUUCGUUUGUGAGCUGCUUUGCACAGAUGUAUUUUAUUCUUUUUUUUGGUGGGACUGAAUGUUUUCUCCUAGGGACAAUGGCUUAUGACCGAUUUGCUGCAAUCUGCUCUCCUCUGAACUACCCAAUGAUUAUGAACAAACGAGUUUUUAUGAAAUUAGUUACAGGUUCAUGGACUUUGGGUUUUGUGUUAGGUACUGUACAAACGACAUGGGUUUCUAGUUUUCCCUUUUGUGGCCCCAGUGAAAUCAAUCAUAUCUCUUGUGAAACUCCAGGAGUGCUAGAGCUGGCAUGCGCAGACACAUUUUUGUUUGAAAUCUAUGCAUUCACUGGCACCAUUUUGAUUAUCAUGCUUCCUUUCAUGUUGAUCAUUCUGUCUUACAUUCGAAUUCUCUUUGCCAUCCUGAAGAUGCCAUCAACCACUGGGAGGCAAAAGGCCUUUUCCACCUGUGCCUCCCAUCUCACAUCUGUUACCCUCUUCUAUGGCACAGCCAGUAUGACUUACUUACAACCUAAAUCUGGCUACUCCCCAGAAACCAAGAAGUUGAUGUCCUUGUCUUACUCACUUUUAACACCUCUGCUGAAUCCACUGAUCUACAGUCUGAGGAACAGUGAGCUGAAAAGAGCUUUGAUAAAAUUAUGGCAAAGAAAAGUGGAUUUACGUACAUUCUGA